AUGGUAUCAGAGCUGUUACGUUCCAUGGAGGCACGUAACCAAUCAGAUGCUGAGUUUCGUGCUGAGGUUGUUGAAACCCUAACUCGACACGAAUCAAAUUUCGACAAAAUGCACAACACCCUCCAAGUUGUUCUCACCGAACUUCGAGCUCUAAGAGCCUCCUCCAAAGCCGAAAAUGAUGUCAACUCCUUUGUUGUGGGAGAAACACCACUACCGAGGCAAAUCGUCGAACAGGAGGCGUGCACCGGCGAACGCCUUGAACCGGGCGUCAUCAAAUCCCAAGGAGUUGCGUAUUUGAAUUCCGUUGACGAGGAGUUUCUGCUGAGCCUCGCCUUUGCUGAGAGGCUCGAUUUAGGGCUCAAUCGAUUCGAUCUCGUCUACACCGAUUUGAAACUCGGCAUCAUUGAUUUCGGCAAACUCGAAUACGGCUCGAGAACCGCCGACAAGAAGCUGCGGAAAAUGGAGAAAUUAGUCUCCGCCAACUCGUCUUUGCACGCAGCAUUGGAGGGUUUGACGGAGAUGGAGGUUUCGGAGAGGAGGCUGAAGCAAUUGAAGGAGAGGCAGAUCGAGCUGCUGCAGAAGGCCAAUUUCGACCUUUUCAAUCACAAACUCGAGAAUCAGCGCAAAGAUGUUCGAUAUUUCAGAAUGAUUUCACUCUGGUCCAAAACUUUCGAUAAAAGUGUUGACUUGAUGGCAAGAUUUGUAUUCCUUCUGUAUGCAAGAAUUUGCUCUGUUUUAGGGCAGGGGAUUAAUCCACCCCCUAUCGAAACAAUCAAGGAAAAGCUCGUUCCGCAUUCGGGUCCUCUUUUAACCACGUCGAAACCUACCAUGGUCCGCUUUUACAGCCGGAAAUCACUUCUCUUCUUCGACGAAGAUGAUAAUGGUAAUGACGGUGAUGGCGGUUAUGGAGCUGACGAGGAAAAGAUUGUGAAAAGCAACAAGGUGUUCCAUUCCGCGGGGCCCACAACGCUUGGAGGGACGGGCCUUGCAUUGCGUUAUGCGGACGUGAUUUGAGAUUAGAUUCCGGCGGAAGAGAUUCGAGCCCUAAUCCGAUCAACAUCGCACCGGAUAAAAUGCUUACAAUUACCCCCCUAAGGGUAAUUUCGUGUACAAGGGCAAAAUUGGUAUUAUCGGAGGAAUAUUCGGGA